UGAUUUGUCAGAUUUCCUGUGCGGUGCAUGGCACACUUGACAGGAUAGCUGACGGCUCACACAGAGAACUCAGCCGAACAUUUUUUUUUUAAUCAGCCUUUAACGGAGGUGAAACGACCCGAAAGGGGCCCAAGUGAACGCCGAAUGACCGUUUAGUAGUGGCCACCCUGCUUCUCCUUACGCUUUCCCCCACACGAGAACCACUUUUCGCCCCCUCUCGGCGUGUGUCAUUGCUGGAAAAAAAGCUAGCUGCUCUCUUUUGAAAAUGGCGGACGUGUCAAGCGAGAAGAGCCUGGACGACUUCUUUGCCAAACGGGACAAGAAGAAGAAGAAAGACAAGGGCAAGGCCAAGGAGUCCGUCGCCACCUCGACGUCGAUGGGCCUGAAAAAGACCAAGAAGGAGAAUGAAAAGUCGUCUAAAGGCGACGGUCUGGAUGCCAACAUGGAAAAGGAGGACGAGGAGUGGAAGGAGUUUGAGCAGAAAGAGGUGGACUACAGCGGCCUGAGGCUCCAAGCGUUGCAGAUAACUGAAGAGAAGGACGAAGAGGAGUAUGAUGACGAAGAGCAGGAUGAGGAGGGGGAGGUCCUCAUCGUCGCAGGCGGUGACAAAAUGUCCGGCCCUUGGAACAAAUCCACUUCUGUUCCUGCGCCGGUUGAGGACGUGGAGACGCCGGAGUCGAAGCCGGCGGGCGUCUACCGUCCCCCGGGGGCUCGCCUCACCUCGUCCAAACGAGGCCAGGGACCCCCUGAGAUCUUCAGUGACGCCCAGUUCCCCUCUUUGAUGGCCACCGGCAAGCACGUGGAGACGCGCAAGGAUCGCGAGAUGGAAAAGACGUUUGAGGUGGUGAAACACAAGGGCCGUGGCCGAGAGGACGGCAACGCCAGCGCCGCUGUGCAGCACCUGCAGUUGGACAACCAGUACGCUGUCCUGGGGGACAAGUAAGGCAUGCGCACCACGCCACCGCCGCAGCCGCCAUUUGGCACACCCCCACCAACCAACCAACCAACCAACCAACUAACCACCGACCGAUGAGGAGGAAGGAAGCAAGUGGCUAAAUGUUGCAGCUGCUAGUAGUACUGCACUCACCACCAACACACACAUUUAAAUCAUCACACCUAAUGUUGGCGUGGUUGGGAAGAGGGGAGCUCUUGAGCGUGGGACUAAUCAACUCCAAACAAGCUUGUGGCGGCAACAGGAAGGUGAGGACCUUGUGGGCCACGUGUGUCUCUCUCUGGACUUCAUUGAGAUGAUUUUACAAACUUGUGUGGGGGGAAAACAUCUAUUUUUCUGCGCUGUAUCACACACACACACGCAGGGCAUGGUGGGGUGCGUUUGGGCUUUCAGGGGUGGGUGGGGGCGGGAACACUACCUCGACCACGUGGACUCUGUUUCGUCCCCCCAAUAAAUCCUGCUCGUGUUGUGAUGAACGGGAUACGAGCUGUCGGGGUGAUUCGUGCGCAAACAGUCACCACAGAGACUUGUACCUUUCCCAAAUAAAGUGGCCUUACGGAUUCAAACGGCUCGGUCAUCCCAGGAGAACUCGCUGAUCGUCGGAAGCGCUAUAUAUGUAUAUAUACUUGAACUCACCACGAAAGUUGGAAGGAAAAAAAAUGUAGUUUGGAAGAUUUCAACCGUUUCUCAUAUCAGCUGUUUAGUUUUCAGCCAUUUCAUUAUCAUUGUUCUUAGAUCAACGCUGGCUUGAAUGGCACUUCCCUUAUGUUUGACACCUACAAAGUAAUAACCAUUUAAAUGCAUUUUUCUCCAGCUGAUUUCAAGUGAUGGCUUUCAUAAUUCAAAAUGAACUGGCAAUUGAGUUAUCACAGUCAUUGCAAUUUUCCAAGUUAAUUGAUGAGGAAUAAGUGUCUCUUUUUUUGAAAGGGGAGGGGUCAGUUUCAUAAAAAUGAGUAAAGUGCUUGGAUACUUGUGUGCGUGCAGUGGAAGUAGAAAAUGUUUGAAGACGACGAGACCCAACUUGUCAAAUAAAAGUGCUAAUCAUGAA